ACGAAGCAGGCCUCAACUUGGUCCAUGCGGUCGGUCGCGUGCGUGCCGGCGUACACGUUGCGCCAAUUCCCGCCAAGGGUACAAAGGCCAAGAUUUACAAGGACGGCCGCCGCCGCUACUUGCUCGCGACCGACCGCCUCGAGAUCCCGGACUACGACCUCGACCGCGAUUUGUACUGCGCCAACCUCAUCGGCUCCUUGGUCGACGACACGCAACUCAAAUACGUCGAAGUCACGCUCCCCGACGAGCUGCUCCCGAACCGCGUCUUUACCAACACGCGCUCGUCUGCGCAACGUGUACGCCGGCACGCACGCGACCGACCUCAUGGACCAUGUUGA